UUAGUAUAGGAGCAUGAAUUUGUUGAAGUGGGGGGAAAAGAAGCAGUCAUUCGUAAAUGCACAACAAAGAGAAACGCAUCGCAGAAAUUAUUUAAACACAUGUAGUAUGUGCUAGUAUAAUAUCAUACACUGUAUAGUAUUAUAUCAAAUAUAAAUAAUUUAAAGUAAAAAGCGAGGACUAUUUAAGUAAAUAAUACAAAAUGUCAAGACGUCCAGAACAUUUAGCCCCACCAGAACUGUUUUACGAUGAAAGCGAAGCUCGUAAAUAUACGAAAAAUUCUCGAAUGAUAGAUAUACAGAAUCAAAUGUGUAGACGUGCCAUAGAACUUCUUCUACUGCCAGAGAAUACAACGCAUUUACUCUUAGAUAUUGGAUGUGGUUCCGGCUUAAGUGGCAGUGUAAUCAAGGAAUAUGAACAUGAAUGGAUAGGGAUCGAUAUAUCUUCUGCAAUGCUUGGUGUGGCAUUAGAAAGGGAGGUGGAUGGAGAUUUGAUUUUAGGGGAUAUGGGUCAAGGAAUGCCAUUUAAAGCAGGAACUUUUGAUGGAGCAAUUAGUAUUUCUGCAUUACAAUGGUUGUGUAACGCAGAUAAGAAUUCUCAUGAUCCACCAAAGCGAUUAUAUAAAUUUUUUUCUACUCUAUUUUCAUGUUUGUCGCGAUCAGCCAGAGCUGUGUUUCAAUUUUAUCCCGAAAAUAGCGAACAAAUUGAAUUAAUUACAACACAAGCAACAAAAGCAGGUUUCUAUGGAGGUGUUGUUGUAGAUUUUCCAAACAGUACUAAAGCAAAAAAAUAUUUUUUGGUUUUAAUGACCGGUGGAACUACUGUUCUUCCAAGAGCUUUAGGUGUUAAUGAAACUGAUUCGGUUGUCCCAUACGCAUCUAGAAGAGAACAGAUGAAAAAAGCUAAAGGUAAAUACCUGAAGAAUAGCAAAGAUUGGAUAAUUGAAAAGAAAGAAAGACGUAGAAAACAAGGGAAGAAAGUCUCAGAAGAUUCAAAAUAUACUGGAAGAAGAAGAUGUGGAAGAUUUUAACAAAUCUGUUUUUUGUGAAUACUAGACUUCCGACAUCGAGAAAAUAAGUAUUUAUGUAUAAAAAUAAUUUAUACAUAAAAUAUUUUUUAUCUUUA